AUGGACGAAGAUGAUGGCAUGUUGUUAAAUUUCGCUGCUCCUGAUAGUGGGAGUAGUGUGAGAAGUAGUAAACCAGCUACCAAAGUUUCAGGUGGAAAAUGGAAAGAUCGUCGUAAGCUUCAAUUGACAUUACAAGGUAGAGGUAGAGUUAUUAAAAAGGCCAAUGGUGAAGCAUCUGGAGUUAAUAGUACCAAGAUAGCGAAAUCAAGAAUAAAUCCUGAUAGAGAGGCUGCUAUACAUUCAAAUGAUUCAAAGGGCCCACCAGCCAAAAGAACUAAGUUCUCAGAAUCAAAUGGUGAAUUUGGUGGUAAGAACAGUUCAUACGUUUCCUCAUUAUUCACAUCUAAUGAAAAGAGUACAUUGAAAAGUGAACCAGUAAAAGAAACUGUUACAUAUUUGGCUUCUAAUGCUCCUUUAAAAGAUGCUACUUCAUUUGGUGGAUUAGGUCUUAAUGAUAAAUUAACCAAACAUUUAGAAGAAACAUUGAGAUUCAAACAUCCUACCAGUGUUCAAAAGUCAGUUAUACCAAGCAUGCUUACAAAUGAUAGAGAUUUAUUCAUCAAGUCACAGACUGGUUCUGGUAAAACUUUAUCGUUUGUAUUACCUAUAAUUCAUAAAUUAAUGAUGGAAAAUGAAUCUAAAAUCGUAAGAGAAUCAGGAUUGUUUGCUAUCAUUCUUACUCCAACAAGAGAAUUGGCUACUCAAAUCUAUGGUGUUUUAGAAUCUAUUAGUCAUUGUUGUCAUACCAUUGUCCCUGGUAUUGUUAUUGGUGGGGAAAAGAAAAAGUCAGAAAAAGCUAGAAUUAGAAAAGGUGUUAAUAUAUUAGUUGCUACUCCAGGUAGAUUAGCUGAUCAUUUCGAAAAUACAACUUCAUUAAAUAUCGGACAAUUAAGAUGGAUGAUUUUAGAUGAAGGUGAUAAAUUAGUCGAAUUAGGUUUCCAAGAAACUAUUACCAAAAUUACAGAUCAAAUAUCAAAGAGUUCUCAAAUUAUGGACACUUUAAAUAAAUGGCAAGGAUUACCUUCCAAGAGAGUCAAUAUUUUAUGUUCAGCCACCAUGCAAGAUAGCGUUAAAGAAUUUGGUAACACUGUCUUAAAUAAUCCAGAAAUGAUCAAUUUAGAAAGUAAAGGAUUGGCUACUGAAUUUUCAACCGAUGAAGGUUCUAACACCACUGCACCAGAUCAAUUAAUUCAAAGUAUAAUAGUCAUACCGCCUAAGUUAAGAUUGGUUGCAUUAACUUCAAUGUUGAAAAAAUUCACCAAAUCCCAAGAUGAAGAACCUAAAAGAUCAAUUGUUUUCUUUUCAUGUUCAGAUUCAGUCAAUUAUCAUUUCGAAGUAUUUACUCGUCAUGGUUAUAACCCAACCAAAAAGAAUAAAACUCAAGAUGGAGAAGAUAAAGAAGACAUAGAAGAAGAAACUGAUUCCAGUAUAGCAACUGCUCCAUUGAUUAGCAAAGGAGCCACUGUCUAUAAAUUGCAUGGUUCAAUGACUCAACAAUCAAGAACAAGCACAUUAAAUGCAUUCAUUAAAGAUAAAACUUCCAAACAUUGUAUAUUAUUCUGUACCGAUGUGGCUUCUCGUGGUCUUGAUAUGCCAAAGAUUUCAAAUGUUAUAGAAUAUGAUCCACCCUUUACAGUUGAAGAUCAUUUGCAUAGAAUUGGUAGAUCUGCCAGAGUGGGUAAUGAAGGUAAUGCUGCCUUAUUUUUACUCCCAGGUACCGAAGAAGGUUAUGUUGAUGGUAAACUUCAAGUUGUACAUCCAAAAGAAGGAUCAUUAAAAAUUGUUCCAUACGAAAGAAUCUUAGAAGAAGGUUUCGCUGAAGAUGAAGAAACUGGAGAAGAAGGUGAAACCACUAAAAAGACUAAAAAGGUUGAUCCAAAACAUAAACAAGGUAAAUGGGAUAUUCAUGCUACCACUUGGCAUUUAGAUGUUGAAAGAUGGUUAUUAGAAGAUACCGGAGCUCAUGAUAGAGCCGUUCAAGCUUUCACAUCUCAUAUUAGAGCAUAUGCUACACAUUUAUCAUCAGAAAGAAAUUUCUUUAAUGUUAAAUUAUUACAUUUUGGUCAUUUAGCUAAAAGUUUUGGAUUAAGAGAAACCCCAAAGAGAUUAGGUAAAUCCGUAGGUACUAACAUUGGUAUUCAAGAAGGAUCCAAAAAGUUCAAGAAGGAAGAUCCAAGAAAGAAAAUGUUAAGAUUAGCCAAAAUGGCAGUCAGAUCUACAAGUUCAGAAUUUAACUAUUAG